AUGUGGCUCGAAAGCCUGGACAAUUUACUGGACAAUACCGAGCCUUUGGUUGACGGUUCCAGUACUGAAAAAGACCACGAUUAUAACGUAUCUGUUACCAGUGACGCUGUACAAUCGUACAGUGCUGGCUACAUAGUACGAAAGUUGCACGACUAUGAUGUUGAUGACGCGUUGUUUUCAGACACUAAUGACUAUGAUCAAAAUACACCGAGGCAGUUCAUAGAGAAACUCAAUGAACUAGAUUCUAAUGAAGAUGAGCCCGAGCCAAUCAAUCCCUUUCAACAAUUCGUAAUUUUGCCUCAAAACACUACAAAUUUCACUACCCUAAAGCCACUGCGGCCCGAGAGAACAUCCAUGUCAAUACCACUUGAGAACAAGAAUAUUCUGUGCGAAGACUUUGAGGAGUACGCAGGAAAUUGUUCUUUACAAGCUAGGAAGAUUUAUGAGUCAACUAUAAUCCUGCCUUUACCUGCUGAACUAAAAAAAUGGUGCAAAGCACUGAAGCAGCUUGCAACCUGUGAGUACGAUUGGAAUACUGAUUGCCGAGACGUAACGGAGAAGAAUUUCAACGAGUUCCUAAUCCAGGGCCAACUGCACGUCAUUGACAAAGUAUGUCACGACGACUGGUUCGUAACACACUACGACAUGGCUCUGGAAAACUGCAUCAUGGCGGUAUCAAAAGACUGGACAGCUUGUUUCUUGAGCUUGAAAUUCAACACAGACAUACAUAAGAAUGCCACAAGUAACUGGGCGCAUUAUGAGACUCACUUCUACUUGUGCUGCGAAAAGACCCGGUUCCGUCGCUGCACUUUAGAGGUCCUGUUGAAUUUUCCGCACAGUUGCACUUCUCAGCAGUCUAUUGUGCUUCAGAAAUUUGCGACUAUUAUAUCAGAGGGUGAAGUUUAUCAGGAUUGUAACUUCAACAUGGUGUACCCAAGCUGCCCAAACGGCGACCCGCGACCACCAGCCGCUCUAGUCUCCAGGCUCAUGAAUGAGGAGCUUCCAUCCGUUCAGAAAGUAGCCAAGACUAGCGCAACGCACCCCACACUUCAUGGCGACCCUGCCAGUCGGGCUGCUCGAGCACUAACCAUCUGCUCGAGGCAGCCCACCCCGCCCGCGCACUCCGAACUACAACCGCGCCAGCUCAGCCUCCACGGCGCACGAUCUGAGACUGUAUCACCCAGCUACCACGUCGCCCCAGCCGACCAUGCGUAA